AUCAAAGGAGGCGCAGCAGGAGGGGGUUACAGUCAAGUGAUCCCUAUGGAUGAGUUCAAUCUUCAUCUCACGGGAGACAUCCACGCAAUAACAGCCGCCAACAAUCUCUUGGCUGCAGCCAUUGAUACUCGAAUUUUCCAUGAGUCGACCCAAUCAGACAAGACUCUCUUGAAUCGGUUAUGCCCACCAAACAAAGAAGGGAAGCGCAGCUUUAGUGACAUCAUGUUUAGACGUUUGAAUAAGCUUGGUAUCUCCAAGACAAGGCCAGAGGAUCUUACACCUCAAGAAGUCAAAAAGUUUGCUAGGCUAGAUAUUGACCCAAGUUCAAUCACAUGGAGAAGAGUAAUGGAUGUAAACGAUCGGUUCUUGAGGAAGAUUUCUAUUGGGCAGGGCCCCGAAGAGAAAGGAACGGUGAGAGAAACAGGAUUUGAUAUUUCAGUUGCCAGUGAAAUAAUGGCAGUUUUGGCCCUUACAACAUCUUUAGCCGAUAUGCGGGAGAGGCUUGGAAAAAUGGUUAUUGGUAACAGCAAGGCUGGUGACCCUAUAACUGCGGAUGAUCUUGGUGUUGGAGGUGCUUUAACCGUUCUGAUGAAGGACGCCAUUAAUCCUACUCUAAUGCAGACUCUUGAAGGGACACCAGUUCUUGUUCAUGCUGGCCCUUUCGCCAAUAUUGCUCAUGGCAAUUCCUCAAUUGUGGCUGACAAGAUUGCACUGAAACUGGUUGGACCAGGUGGAUUUGUAGUCACUGAAGCAGGCUUUGGUGCUGAUAUUGGUACUGAAAAGUUCAUGAACAUAAAAUGCCGAUAUAGCGGUUUAACACCCCAGUGUGCAGUUAUUGUGGCAACAAUACGGGCCUUAAAAAUGCACGGGGGUGGUCCAGAAGUUGUUGCUGGAAAGCCUCUGGACCGUGCCUACUUGACUGAGAAUGUAGCUUUAGUUGAAGCGGGCUGUGUGAAUUUGGCCAGGCAUAUUGCAAACACAAAAGCUUAUGGAGUGAAUGUUGUUGUUGCUGUGAACAAGUUCUCAACUGACACCGAAGCAGAACUUAAUGCAGUCAGAAAUGCAGCAUUAGCAGCUGGAGCAUAUGAUGCUGUUAUUUGUACUCAUCAUGCUUAUGGUGGAAGAGGAGCGGUUGACCUUGGGGUUGCUGUUCAAAAGGGUUGUGAAGAUGUUGCACAACCAUUGAAGUUUUUAUAUCCUUUAGAUAUUAGUAUUAAAGAGAAGAUAGAGGCCAUAGCAAGGUCAUAUGGUGCUAGUGGAGUCGAAUACUCGGAACAGGCAGAGAAACAGAUUGAGAUGUACAGCAGGCAAGGGUUUUCAGGGUUACCUAUUUGCAUGGCAAAGACUCAAUAUUCAUUUUCACACAAUGCUGGUGAGAAGGGAGCCCCUAGCGGAUUCGCCUUACCAAUAAGGGAUGUGAGGGCUAGUAUUGGUGCAGGAUUCAUAUACCCUUUGGUUGGAUCAAUGAGUACUAUGCCGGGACUUCCGACAAGGCCGUGUUUCUAUGACAUUGACCUCGACACCACUACUGGAAAGGUUAUUGGUCUCUCUUGAAGGUCUCUGUAUUCGCCCUGUUCAGGCGCUUACUGUGGCAGCCGGUGGCCAAACUUAGGCUGACUUUCAGUACCCAGUAGUUAUGAUGCUUUUCUUUGAAAUUGUACUCUGCUCUUACGUACCCUGCAGCUUCCUGUGUAAUUGAUCUUGUGCAACCAAAUAAUGAAUUCUAAAAAUAAAAAAGAGUAUGUUUUAAGUUUGAAUGCCAUGAAUGAGAAGCCCAAGUUCACAAUUA